AUGGUUGGAGUUCCGAAAAGUACUGGGUGCCUCAUCUGCCGUAAGAGGAAGAUUAGACCGCCCGCGCGACACACAUUCAGAGACCUCGGUCCUAGGCUGAAUGGCGGUGCCACGAACUCCGCUGUGGAAGAGACAACCGCACCGUCAGAUCAACGAGAUAGACAUUUGACACAAUUGAAUGAGAAGUUUGCCGAAAAUGGCUCGGUCACACACAAAUUCAGGAUCUCGAACAAGAGCUCUACGCCUCGGAAAACGGCUUCACGAUCGAGUUCAAUCAGUUUGAGCCCACCCAAAUCGCCCUUCCUGAGACAACCGUCGUCAUCGCAGCAUCAGCAACUCGCACGCGUCCUGAUUGCAGCUAUCACAAUAGGCAGUACUGGGCAUCGGAUGUCUGUAUUUGGUCCGUUCAUCCAAGAAGUGCCGGCUAGAAUUGGGCACAACGUUGCCCUUGAUGCGGCAGUAGCCGUGCUUGUAAAUGUCCAUACUUCGUUAGUUUUCAAGAAGACUGCGGACGAGAUUGUUUCCCCAGAAUUAUAUAUCCGGGCCAUUAAAACGCUGCAGUCAUGCCUCGAGGACCCACAGCUAGGCAUGUCUCCAAAUACACUCUGCGCAUCGGUACUUCUUGGUUUAGUUGAAGCCUUUGCAGGUCCAAGAAUAGGCAAUCGAUACCUAACGCACGUAGGCGGUGCAGGGCGGUUAAUGGAAUUACAAGGGCCCUCUAGAUAUAAAGAUACUUUCACAAAAGAGAUACUGCGCUUCAAUAGAGGUGGAAUAAUCAUUACGUGCAUAUAUGAGCGCAAACCAUGCUUUCUCGCAUCUCCUGGAUGGCGAGAAAUCGCUUUCGACAAGACCGGCCUUAGUUUCGAUGACUGCCUGAACACCGACCUAAUGCAGUACAUGGCCGAGUUGCCGGGUAUCUUCCAUGCUUUGAAGGAAGCAGGCGAGCGCUAUGCUUCUCAACCAGCACACGCUACGAGCUUCGAAUUCGGCACCAACGACGAAAUGUGCCAAUCACUUUCUGACACGCCCCCGUCACUUGACUUUUCUACCGACUCUUUCGAAGACAUGGACUUCCUUGAAGAUCUGCGGCCUAUCAAAACCUCUUACCCGAACAACGCACGUCCAUACACAUACCCUUACGAACCUACACGGACGGCACUCUUGUACAAGGUAUAUAACCUCAAAGACGCUGUUCGCAGCCUAGGUGAGCAUAUGAACGCGAAGCUCACUAACGGCAUUGCCAUCUACGAAACACCAGCUAGAGAAAAGAACAGUCCCAUGCAGACAGCCUAUCACUUCAAUAACUGGCGCGAUAUGACUGCCUACAACUGCUUCUGGUCUGUCGUCAUUCUGACGAAUAAAGUCCUGAUGCGACUUCUACCACCCUUUGAUCAAGCACGCUAUGACUUGCAAGCUGAGUGUCGGUCAGUCGCGAUUGAGAUUUGCAAGACAUGGGAGGAUGCCUGGGCCAGUAGACCAAUCGGCGCAUUUCAUACAGGCUUGAGCUUUGUUGUCGCAUACGAAUAUUGCAUACCGGAAGUCCAAGCAUGGAUACUCAGAGGGCUGAAUUCUCUCCUGGACUACCAUGGGGUAGAUGCGUUUCGUUGGUCGGACGAAGUCAUUACCAGCAUGUCCUCUAAGCUUGCCGGAGAAGGACCUGAUGUCGCUUUCUCGACCGUUAGAGUCUCGGAAAAUGCACGAUGA